AUGGCAACACCACAAAAAAAAUAUAUUUGUGGGUUUUGUGCAAAAGCAUUCACUAGAUCUGAACAUAAACAAAGGCAUGAAAGAUCUCAUACGAAUGAAAAACCAUAUCAUUGUUUAUAUUGUACAAGCUCAUUUGUUAGAAGAGAUUUAUUACAAAGGCAUUGUCGAACUGUUCAUCAAUCUGAAAAUUUAAGCGGUAUUGUACCAAAUCCAUCAACCAAUAACAAUAAUAAUGUCAGUCACAAUUACAAUCACAAUCAAUCUAGUACUUUUAAUACCAAUAGUAGCAAUGCAUCACAUCAACAACAACAACAACAACAACAACAACUAAAUCAAAUACAACAACAAAAUUAUUCACUACCACAACCACAUACACUUCAAUAUAACGACUCAUCAUUAAGCAACAAUAAUCUUAGAAAUUCAAAUCAAUAUCACUGUGAUACUAAUGAAACAGUAAUGCCUUCUUCGAUUGCAAUGACUCCUGCAAAUAGUACAAAUAGUAAUAAUAGUGAUAAUAGUAACUAUAGCUAUAUGAAUACUGUACCUACUGCAACUGCCAUGUCAUCAUCAUCGACAUCAUCUAAAAAAAGAAGAUCGUCAUCUGAUGUUCAAACAAGAAAAGUUUCAGUAUCGUCAUCAAUAACUUCAACAAACUCAGAUAAUUCAUUAAUUAAUUUGUUAUCAAUUACUAAAAAGUUGAAAUAUAUAUUAAAUUUAAAUUCAUCACCUAACUCAAGCAAUGAUAUGAUUUAUGAUUGUUUUUUAAUUGGUUAUAUUACAUUACAAGAACAACUGAAUAAUUUUUCAGUCAUUGAAUCAAUAUUAAAAGACUUAAUUUAUUAUUUAAGUACUUAUUAUAUUGAUCCUGUAUCAGCAUCGUCUUCAAUUCCACCACCACAGCCAAAUUUAUUUAAAGUUGGAAUUAUUUAUUCAAUAAUUUCAUUAGGUUAUAUUUUAAAUAAAAAUCCUUUAAAAUCAUUAGCAUAUUUUAAAAAGUCAUGGGUUUUAUUAAUUAGAAAUUUGAUACCUCAAUACAACAAUAGUAACAUUCCAAUAGAUCAAAUUGAAAUUGCAAAUAAUUUAUUUUUGUUAUCCUUUAUAUAUAUAAAUUACGACUUAGAAGAUUAUGAUUUAAAUCAAAAUAUGGAUCAAGAUCAACAAACCAUUUAUUUAAAUAAUCAAGUUAUGUUGGAUUAUUUAGAUCAAAUUAGUUUCAUCAUCAUAUCCAAUUUAAGUGAGUUUACAAAUCCAAAUGAAAAAUUAAUUGAUUCAAAUAUAAAUUUAUUUUGGAGUAUCUUCAUUUUAUUAUCAUUUUAUUUGGAAAAUUCACCAAAAAUAUACCCUAUAUUAUUACAUAAAGUAGUUGAUCAAGAUCAAACAUUAUUUGAAACAAUGAAAAAAUUUCAAAAGAAUUCUUUAAUCAUUGAUGAAAAUGAGUUUUUGAAAAAUAUAAUCAUUGCUACAUUAACUAAUGAAUUAAAAACUAAUGAAGAAUCAGAUCCAAAAAUUUUUGAAAAUAAGAAUGUCUUGCAUAAUUCGGUUAUUCUAAUUAAUAAAUCUAUAAACUACUUUCAGAAUAAUAUGAAUAAAUCAUCAAAUAACGACAGCAGUGAAAAGAUAUUUAAAAUAUUCAAAAAGAACUUGAUUAUCAACUGUCCAUUGAAAUUUCAUGAAUUAUUAAAUAAUUAUAUAUUUGUACCACAACAUUUCAAUAAUUGGCAAUUACUACUACUCAUCCUAAAAGAAAACAUCAUAAAUUUAAAUUUAGAUCGAUUUUUAAAAGCUCAACUUGGUAAAUCAUCAAGUCACGAAUUAAAUCCUAAUAACGAUUUAAAUUCAUUUUUAAUUCGAUUUUUAGAUUUGAAAAACUAUUCAAUUGAAAUAAAUAAUAAUUUAUCAAUAGUAUCAUUACCAAUAAUAUUUUUAUCAAAUUUUUUACAACUACCACAUAACUCCAUAAAGUUUCAAUAUGAAUAUAAUAUAAUUCAACUAAAAACUAUUCAUUACUUGGUGGUAUUAUGGUAUUUAAUAAUGAAUAAAGUAUUAAUUAUGAUUUGGUAUUACGAAAAUGAAACAACAACAAAAACCAAUCUAAGAUUUGAAGAAAACUACAUUUUACAAACUUUGAUAUAUAUGUUAUUAGAUGAUAAAUCCGUGUUCAACAAUUAUUUAUCACCACCACCAACAACAGCAGAAAAAAUUUUUGAAUUCAACGGUAAAUGGUUUUGGAUAAUUAAAAACAAACUAAAGUUAGUUUUUUUGAACUGGAUUAAUAUUUUAGAAUCAGAAAUUGAUGCCAAAUUAGAAUUAUCUACUACUAAAACAAGUGGUAAACAAAUAAAUAAAUUAAGCUAUGCUAUAAAUGAAUUUAUUGAUGAAUAUAUGACCGUUAUUUAUAAUUCUUAUGAGUUUAGCAACAAACCAAGUGGUGGUGGUGGUAGUGAUGGAUUUAAUACUCAAAAUGGGGUUUAA